GCCCUAUCCACUUUUCGUUGCGCAGCUGUUCGAAGGCGCCACCUGCGGCCCUGGCAGCCCCUCCAGGGCGGCCUCCUCGUCACUCAGCGCCGCCGCGCCGUCAGCAGGCCACUGCCGGGGCUCCUGACUGGGCAGGGGACAGGCUACAGCUUCACAGCAUCGCCAUGGCAGUAGCUGAAGCUCUUGUUGAAGCAGUUGCCAAGAGCCAGCCUCCAUCUUUGUGGGGCCUCCAUGGAAUGCAGCCAGACGGGCGGAGAAAGGGAGACCAAUCCUGCUGAGAAAGGAACGGAAAGCGGGCCAACAACGCGCACUUGCUAGGUGUAUGCUGCGGCGCGUCAUUUGAGUUGCCCGGACACUGUGUACCUUGGCAGUGGCAAUGAUGGGGCCACAGGGCACCAUUGCCAUGUCGGGCAUCAGCCAUCAGUCACGCUGGCUGCAAAGCGCCUCACAUGUUGACUGCAUUGCAUCCACCUCGGGCCGAACCUUGGAGUUGGCGGCUGCAACCCUGAGGUCUUCUUUAAGUCUAGUUGGGAGCACAAAUGACUCUGUACAUAGGCAAGUCCACAGAAGGAGGGGGGAUUAUGGCUGGCUCCGAGACAAUGGGACUAGUAUACCCAUGGGGUUGACGGAGGAAUGUGUUUCCAGACAACGGAGCAUGCGUGCCGCUGUCGCCCGCCCUCCCUCAUCCCCAGCGGAGUGCGUCAGCGGCCGCCCCUCUCCCCGCCCCAGCAGUAGUAGCAGCUCCCCCCCUAGCGAGGCGGGGGCGCGGCCGCCUGCCCUCUCCCUGCCCUCCUCCAGCUCAAAGAGUUCCAGCUCGAAGAGCCCUCCUCUCCCCAGGGCUCCGGUGUCCCCUGCUUCUCCCUCCCCUAGCGCCCUGCACUCCGCCUCUGUGUUUGCCCCCUCCUCAAUGACAAUCGCUCCCUCUGAAGUGGAGCUUGCCUCCGAGCUCGAGGGCGAGGUUGCGGCUGCGGGGUGCACUUUUAACCAGGCACUGCUGAAUGCCGUGAACAUUUUGUUGGGGGUGGGCCUUUUGUCCAUUCCGUUUGCCAUGGCGGAGGGGGGCUGGGCCGCGCUGGCCACGCUGGGCCUGCUGGGGGUCAUCACCAACUACACAGGCAAGGUGCUGGGCGAGUGCCAGCAGCGCCUCUGCCUGCUCAACGCACGGCCCGCGCCAGAAGAGGGCGGAUUCGUGCGGGGGCUGCAGAGCUACGAAGACAUUGGGGAUGCGGCGUUUGGGGCGUGGGGCCGCAGAGUGAUCACGGGCGUGCUCUAUGUUGAACUCGUUGGCACGUGCGGCUUGUUCUUUAUCCUGGAGGGGGAUAACUUGGCGCGCCUGUUUGGCGGGGAGCCGGACCGCUACAUGCUGGCCAGCGCGCUGGCGCUCAUCCCCACCACGUGGCUGCCGGACUUGAGCGCUCUCGCGGGCCUGGGGGCGCUGGGCGCGGCUGCAUCGCUGAGCGUGCUGGGAGUCAUCCUCACCACCUACUGCCAGGAGGGCUUCCCUGCGGGCCCUGGGACGCAGCUGCUGAACCUGCAGACCUUCCCGCUCACGUUCGGCCUGCUCGCAUUUGUGUACGCGGGCCACGCGGUCUUCCCAAACAUCAAGGCCAGCAUGAAGGAGCCGGAGCUGUACCCCAAGAUGCUGGACGUCACGUACCUGAUUGUGGGUGCGGUGUGCACGCUGAUUGGCGUGGUGGGCUACCAGAUGUACGGCAGCGAGGUCAUGGAGGAGGUCACGCUGAACCUGCCCUCUGGCGCGCUCGCCAUGCUGGCCACCGCGCUCAUUGUUGUUAACCCCUUCACCAAGUUUGCCUUGACCAUGGACCCCGUCGCGCGCGGCCUCGAGGGACUGCUGGGCCUCACCAAGCCAGGGCCGUCCGUGGCAGGCGACACCUCAAAGAAGCCGCUGCUGCUGCCGCUGCCGCGGAUACUGGGGCGCACUGCACUCGGCGGCUCAGCGCUGUUUCUGGCCACGAGCGUGCCCUUCUUUGGCAGCGUUAUGGCCCUCAUCGGGAGCUCCCUCACGCUGGCCGUGAGCGUCAUCUUCCCGUCGCUGGCGUACCUGAAGCUGUUCGGGCCCACGCUGUCGCAUGGGGAGCGGUACUGGAACUACUUCGUGGUGGGUAUCGGCAUCGUGUGCGCAGUGGCAGGGACGUACGUCUCGCUCGAGUCCUUGUCUUAGGGCCGUAGAAAGGCCCUUCACGGUCGCGUUGAGCGGGUGUGACUCCUAGCAAGCGGCAUUUUUGUCGAAGAGACAGUGUUGAGCGAGUUGAAAGGCCUGGGGCCUCGUUGAGCUGUUAUAUGGACACUACUGAUGACUGGAGCAUUCAUUCUUUGCAUUACAAUUUUUCAAUUUUGAUGGAAGAGCCACAAUUUUGAGUUGGUUACUGGGAUCUAACUUGCUAACGACUCUGAGAGAAGAUCAUCGUAAGCAGGGAUAGGGUCAAAUUAACCAUUGUCUAGAAGUUGUGGAAGUUAGAUGGAUUCCCACUCCGUUGCUUAUUUAUUUGACGUCCACGCUUCCUUGAGCAAGGCAGCCCCAAGUUUUUGUUGACCACCUGUAGGAUGUGGCUCAGGGCCAGCUACCGCACAUUUCAAUGACGCUUCGUAUACACAACCAUUGAACAACCGGGAAUGUCUGACCUCGUUUGACAUUCCCAUGCAUCUUGCACACAAAAAUGUGCUUUGGUA